GUUGAAUUAGGUGAACCAGGAAGCAACAUUUUUGUUACGGCUGAUCAAGCAGCGGAAUCGGCUACCACGUUUACAGCAUUGACUACAUCAUUGUUGGUUUCGGUGUUUUCAACUGAUGAGCUCAUUAAAUGUAACUAUAAAGGUGGAGCACCUAAAAAUGCUAAAGAUAAGUCCAUUGUACACUCUGGCUUAGAAAAUACUGACAAGUUGAAGGCUAUUAAAGAAACAGUCAAGAAUCGAUUCAAAAGACAGUUCAAUAAUACAGACUUCGGAAAAUGCGUUAAUGUCAAAUGUAAUAAAUUACGGUCCUUGCACAAUACAUCAAAGAGAGAACUAGAAACCAAGUCGACACCAGAAAAAGAAGAAGAAGAUGAAAGUAAAAAAGAAUAGUCCGGCAUCCUUUGGCCAAGGUGUUUGCGUCUAAGAUGUUCGUAAGCUGGACAUUCUAC